AUGAAGCUGGAUCCUGAAUAUUUCUAUGAUGCAGAGGAUGGAGACACAAGACAGCUAACUGUUACCAUGACAACAGGCUAUGGUAUUCCAUUACCUAGCAACCAUUGGAUACAAUUUGAUACUGAUGAUCAGGUGAUUUAUGGCUUAGUCCUGAAUGAAUCUGCUGUGAGAAAUGAAGUAUUACUGGUGGUAGCAGAGGAUUCUUGUGGACAGUCUUCCCAUGAUGCAGUUGGAGUUGAGAUAUCUAGGAAAUUAAAUGAAAUGUACACCAUUACCAAGCAUGGAUUUGUGGUGGAUUUUUCAGAUGACCCUAUUUGUCCAGUAAAGGAUCUGAGAAACUUGUAUGUUUUUGUAGAGGAACUUAAAAAUUGGUUCAACAUCAGCAGAGAAAUAUUUAUUACUAAAAGAGAAAAUUGUUCACUUGUUUUGUUAAUGACAGAGGAGAGUGAAACAAUAGAUAUCAUUUCUGCUGAAGAAAGCAAAAUUUUAGAUGAGAAAGGAGAACUUACCAGAGAAUUUUCAUGCUUCUUUCUGCCAGGGUUCAGGAUUACAAAAUUUGAACAUUUCACACAAAACCAUUCACUAGUGGAAGAAACCACAAAUAUUCCAUUCAUUCGAUUUAAAUCAGACAUCAACCUUUGGUUUGAGAUUGUGCUCCCUGUUAUAAUCCUACUAUCCAUCCUUAUUGUGAUGAUCGUCAUUGUGUAUGUCUGUUGUACAAAGAGGAGGAAGCAGUACCUACUCCACUCAGACAAGCCCAUGUUCCUGGAGGAGAGGAGACCCGUCAUUUUUCAGACUGAGGUCCCUGUGGAGGACCCCUCUCUUUGUCCCAGGAACCCCACCAUUUUGUCACGUGAUGACGAGCUGCCUUCAUCUGAAGUGGACCUGAUCGAUCAAAGGUCACUUCCCUCCACCCCCGACUACAACCCUCUCACUACAAUACCACCUCCUGUUUAUAGGGUACCCCCUCCCUACACCAAUAAUCAUCAGUACUGGUAACGCUAGGUCAAUAACAAAGUCAACGCCUGCUUUUAGGGUCUGGUAGUGCUUAUUUGAUAUCCAGUCAUUUCAUGCCUAUAUGGUACCUCCUCUGUACACCAAUGAUCACCAGUAAUGGUGACAAUAAGACAACAACCAACCUUGAAUUUAUUUUUUAAAAUGCCAUUGUUAAAUUUGGUGAUUUAUUAAGCAGAACUUUUGUCAUUUACAAGCUCUGUUGAUAAGUUAUGCUAGGAGGGAAAACCUAGAGAAUCUGGUAGCUUCACUUUAUGUGAAGUGUGGAUAUUUGGAAUAUAUUAAAUAAUGUGAUGAUAUUUCAUGGCGAUGAUGAAUACUAGUAUUGAGUGACUAUGCAUCUCCCAUGAUUGGAUAUUUAAAAUUUGCAUAGAAUAUGUCAUCAAAAUAUACAGUGAAGCCUGUAUACUUUCUAGCUGCUUCACUGGCAAUGUUUAAUUGAAAUUUAUUCUUCUUUUCUAUCGUGUCACACUUUUUAAAUACAUGUACUAGGCAUCAUUAUUCAAUUUUAUUGCUGAUAAAUAAUAGAGCUAGGUAUUGGCCAAAGAUUUCAAAUUGCAAUCUAUAUAUAUAUUAUGUGAUAAUUUAACUGUAUUUUGUUAUGUAUAACUUUAAUAUAAUACACACAGAAUGUACAACACUGUGAUUUUAAUACAUCUAUGCUCUGAAAUACAUUACACCCAUUAAACAGUGUUGUAUUAUACCAUGUAUA